AUCCCACUAUCUACGCUCUUCAAAGCCCUUCCCUUCUCCUUCCUUUCCUGUAAUCUUGAAUUAUCUUUUUGUUUCCUCUUUUUUCCUUCUGCAGUUCUUCAGAUAGAUCUGAGGUUCUGGAGUUUUGCAGUGUCAAUUCCUCUGUUUCCAAGGGUGGGGUGAUCAGUAAUGAUCUUGAUGUUUGGAGUUCUGAAUUGAAGGGUUGGUUUUGCUUUUCAGAACGAAGCUGAAGGCGCCCUUCUGCCGGAUCUCUGCGAGUUCCUUGAUUUGGGGCAAAGAUCCUGGUUUUUUGUUUUCAGAUUACAGGGUUUAUUUGCCUCUGAUGUUGGUUUGCUGAAUCUUUAGCUGCUCUUUUGUUUUUCUAAAAAUCAAAGUUUUCUUUUCUUCUCUUGGGUGUUCUCUUUUCUUUCUUGGCUUUUCUUCAAAGGUUUCGACGUUUCUGCGGAAGGUUGGAGUUUUGAAUUUUGAUACACUUACACUUAUCCUACUACUUAUAUCUGUACGAGGAGCUCUCUUACCGCUACCUUGAUGCUUAAUAUCUUGUUCUUGAUGUUUCAGAUUCAUGUCUCCAAUUCUCAGUGAAAUCCUUCUCUCGGGGUUUAUGAUAAAUUCGACACUGAGACGCAGGACCCAUUUAGUUCAGUCGUUCUCUGUUGUAUUCCUUUACUGGUUCUAUGUUUUUUCAUGAACUAAUUUUCAAAAUCUGAUAUAUUAUCUAUUUAUAGCUAUAUAUUAUUCCUACAAAAUAUCCUUAAAUAAUUAGUAUCUGCUAUCCGGGUCUUGCUUGUUGUGGUUCUAUAAAUCUAGUCCAAUCAGAAAAAUCUUUUUUUUUAAUAUUUUCUGAGGUUGUACUUUUAAUCUCUCUACCGUGAAUCUACCAUGGCUUCCUCAAGUGGGACUUCCUCAGGUUCUUCAGGGUCUUCAACGCUUCAGAACUCUGGUUCUGAGGAGGACCUCCGGCUUGCAAUGGAUCAAAGGAAACAGAAGAGAAUGCUCUCGAACAGAGAGUCUGCGAGGCGAUCGAGGAUGCGGAAACAGAAGCACUUGGACGAUCUCAUGGCCCAAGUUGCUCAGCUCAGGAAAGAGAACAACCAGAUCCUGACGAGUAUCAACAUCACCACCCAGCACUACUUGGCCAUUGAGGCCGAGAAUUCGAUACUGAGGGCUCAAAUGGGAGAGCUAAAUCAUAGAUUACAGUCUCUGAACGAGAUCAUCCAUUACCUGAGUCCAAACAAUAGUGCUUUCGAGACUGAAGAUCCUCAGAUCAACACCGAAAGCCUCGUGAACCCGUGGAAUUCCAUGUAUCUGAAUCAACCCAUCAUGGCUUCUGCAGACAUUUUCCAGUACUGAACUCUUACUGGAGCUGGUCAAUUGGUUGUUGUUCUGCUGUCUCAGUUCAUCAAUCUCGUGAGCUUAGAGGCAUAAAGGUCUUUUCUUAAUUCUCUUCGGCCUGAGUUGAACAAAAAAAAAAGAAAAGGAUAAUGAGAGAGUGGUGUGGUGGUAGAGGGAUUUAGUUAUUGGGUUUUUGGCUUGUAAAUGGGAUAAAAGUAAUUAAACAUGGAUCAGAGAGCUAUAUAUGUAAUUGGUCUCUCUAUAAAUAAUAUAUCUUUUCACUCCCAACUAUUCCAUCA